AUGGCCGAGCCGAAUCAGACACCGGGAUCGCAAGUGCAGCAGCCCUAUGUCCCCAAUCCUCCCGCAAUCGAAGAGGGGUGGCUUCCAGAUAUAGUGAAGGACAAGUCCACGGUCGACCUCCAAACAAUCCUAAAGGACCCAGCCUUGAUCUCCGCCCUAUCAAACCAACACCCUUCUCAUACAGUCCGCCAGCAGCAUAUUGAAUCACUCAUACACUCAAAUAAGGAUAUUGCUGCCCGAGUCCUCGAUACGCAGGCCCAUCUCACUGAACUCCGCGCCUCGACGGAAACGAUGCUCAUGACCCACCAAUCCCUCGAGGUAUCAUGGCGCAAGAAGCAGGCAGAGAUGGAUGCCGCACUUGCGCCGUGGUCGCCCAAAGCUCUGUACCAGCGGUACAGUGCCGCGAUCACAGAACAAGAAGCCGUGUGUCAAGCCGUCGAGGAGAGCUUCCUCGAUGAAGAUCACCAUGGUCGCGCAACGGAGAAGGAAAUCGCAGACUGGGUCCGACGUGUCAGAGGAGAGGCGUCAAAACUAGCUGCCCGCAAAGAAGCCAAAGCAAGAUGGGACGAGGGCAGAGUCGGCGGCUGGCGAUAA